AUGGCUCACAUUUACGGACCCAUUUUCAAGUUUCACUUGGGAAGCGAACUGCAUGUCGUCAUAAAUACACUAGACCUAGUAAAGGCAGUGGUACGUGAGCAAAAUGACAUAUUUGCUAACCGCAAUCCAUCAAUAGCUGCCUUAACAAUCUCCUAUGGAGGCAUAUAUGUAGUAUGGUCUGAUAACAACUCAUAUUGGCGUAACCUUCGUAAGAUAUUUGCCCAUAAAGUUCUAAACAACAAGAAUCUUGAAGCAUGCAGAUUGCUUUUCUCAACAGAGGCUAACGUCCUCGCAAGCAUGGUUUGGGAAAACACUUCAGAUCCAAACGCAAAAUAA